AUUCGGUUGUUUUCAUUCUGUUGUCUUUGUGCUUCAGAGCAGCAGCGACUUUCAGCGCGGAGACUCUCUACAGCUACAGCUUCACCUACAUAUCAGUUUACUGAUUUAUUCUCACUGUUUAUUAUCUGUACUCUUUAUAAUUACUCAUUAAUUACUGUAUUAUCUAUAUUUUAAUUCUUAUUAACUGUCUUUUUCGCUUUUUCUCUUUUGUUUUUGUUUUUUACAGGUUACAGGAGCCGGUGAGGGACACCGCCACCCCGCGGUCAAACAUGGCGUCUCCGAGCAGAGUCCGCCCCCUGGAGGUGCGUACUGACUGCUGGAAGGACUCCACCAUCCGUCCCCCGGCUUUCGCCUGCCGAAAGGCUUGGGUGAAACACAUCCUGUGCGUGCCCACCUCCCGCCCACAGCCUGCAGCAAUCAUCCCAGGUCCAGCUGCACAGGCUUUGGCCGACCCUGUCUGGGAGGUGGAGGACCUUGACGAUGAGGUGGAGAUGUCGAAGGAGGAGUCAGACGUCUCUUCCGUUUCCUCUUCGUCAUUUUUUUCGGAGGAUUCAGACGUCUACACUUCACCUUUUUCUUCUUGCUCAGAAUCUUCAGUGGAGGACCUCACCACCACCGUCUUCCCACCAGAGCUAACCGGCCAGGGAGUCACUGCACCUUCACCCACCAUCAGAACACAGAGCAGGUCCCUGAAAAUACUCACCACCAACUUUUGGACCUCUGUGUUUUCUCGUUUCAGGUCCCGUGCUCGAGUCUCGGUGCUGGUUGGGGAGGCGGACCCAGGUCUGGAGGCGGAGCCGGCUGCACAGGACGUGCAGGACCUGGAAGAGCGAAGGGACGCGGUGGAGACCCCUCCCAAAAGAAAGGGAGGAAGGAGGAAGCUGUUCCUGAGCUGCUUCAGGGGGUCAGAGAGGGACUAAUUAGAUUGAUAGAUUUAAAUAUUCAUACUUUUUAAUUAGAUUGAUUGAUUGAAAUAUUUAUAAGUUUUAACUAGAUUGAUAGAUUUAUAUAUUUAUACCUAUUCAUUAUAUAUAUUGAUUGAAGAUAUAUUAUUAUAUUUAUAGCCAUUAAUUAGAUUGAUUGAAUAUAUAUUAUUAUAUUUAUAGGCAUUCAUUAGUUUGAUUGUAGAUAUAUUAUUAUAUUUAUAGGCAUUCAUUUGAUUGAUUGGAGAUAUAUUAUUAUAUUUACAGCCAUUAAUUAGAUUGAUUGUAGAUGUAUUAUUAUAUUAAUAAGCAUUAAUUAGAUUGAUUGUAGAUGUAUUAUUAUAUUAAUAAGCAUUAAUUAGAUUGAUUGUUUAUAUAUUAUUAUUAUAUUUAUAAUAGGCAUUCAUUAGAUUGAUUGUAUAUAUAUAUAUAUUAUUACUAUAUUUAUAAGCAUUAAUUACAUUGUACAUAUAUUAUUAUUAUGUUUAUAAUAGGCAUUCAGUAGAUUGAUUGUAGAUAUAUUAUUAUAUUUAUGGCCAUUAAUUAGAUUGAUUAUAGAUAUAUUAUUAUAUUUAUAGUACGCAUUCAUUAGAUUGAUUGCAGAUAUAUUAUUAUAUUUAUAGCCAUUAAUUAGAUUGAUAGUAGAUAUAUUAUUAUAUUUAUAGCCAUUAAUUAGAUUGAUUGGUUGAUAGAUUUAAAUAUGUAUAGGCAUUAAUUAGAUUGAUAUAUUUAUAGGUUAAAAUUAGAUUCAUAGCUUUAUAUAUUGAUAGGCAUUAAUUUGAUUCAAAGAUUUAUAUGUUCAUAGGCAUUAAUUAGAUUGAUAUAUUUAUAUAUUUAUAUGCAUUAAUUAGAUUAAUAGAAUUAUAUAUUUAUAGGCAUUAAUUAGAUUCAUAUAUUUAUAUAUUUAUAUGCAUUAAUUAGAUUAAUAGAUUUAUAUAUUUAUAGGCAUUAAUUAGAUUGAUAUAUUUAGGGGCAUUAAUUAGAUUAAUAUAUUUAUAUAUUUAUAUGCAUUAAUUAGAUUAAUAGAAUUAUAUAUUUAUAGGCAUUAAUUAGAUUCAUAUAUUUAUAUAUUUAUAUGCAUUAAUUAGAUUAAUAGAUUUAUAUAUUUAUUUGCAUUAAUUAGAUUAAUAGAUUUAUAUAUUUAUAGACAUCAAUUAGAUUGAUUGGUAGAUUGAUAGAUCCUCCCAUCUUAGACAUUUGAAAUUAUUUGUUUGUAUUUAAAGCUUUAAUAAAGUUUAUAUUUAUUGUA